AUGGUCACCUUUGCCUUCAAAGAACUUGAACCUUUGGUUGCUUCUGGCACGAUCUCAGUGGAGGCGUGCCGGCUUUUGACGAACAGGAUAGUGAAAAAGGCUCAAGGGGUCUUUCUUUGGGUACAUUUGGUCCUGAGAAGUGUUGCUACUGGCAUCAUGAAUGAAGACCCAGAAGAACUACUUCUGAGGCGUCUGGACAGGCUUCCUAGCGAACUAGCGGAUCUCUACGCCGAAAUGUGGCGACGAAUGAACGAAGACAGCCCCUACGCAGAGGUGGCAGCCAGAUACUUCCACUAUGUUCUGUACAGCGAUGAAUCCCUAGAAAUCGCCUUCUAUUCUUUGGAAACAUCGCAAUACUGCAAUCGUUAUCAUGGCCCAAUGCUACUGCAAAUUGUGUGCGCGGAACAGUCGAACCUCCAGGAGUUUCUCAUUCGCCUAAAGGUUGAUAAAAAAUACGCAGAUUUGAUGCAACUCUGCAAUGAAACCAAGAAGGGAAUUGAAGUGAGAUGCGCUGGUCUUCUACAGACAAGUCACCAAACUUUUCGAAAGUCAAAGCAUGCCACCCCCAGCAGUGCCAAGGAGAUUUGGCCUCUCAGGCUGGAAUUUAUCCAUCGCACGGCUCACGACUUUUUGACUAACACUGAGGAAGGACGGAAUAUCUUACAGCUUCACAAGCAAACUCCAGGAGAGACUAGAAUUUCUCUUUUCAAGGGCCUUCUUUCUUUGGCCUGUAUUCACUUUUACAAAUAUGGGGCGAGAGCCAAAUUAUCCUCCUUUCUGUCAGAUCUUCAUGGGUUAUAUGAAACACUGGAACCCCACCACGGGUACGAGAAGAACGAGUUGCUUGAACUGCUUCCUAUCUUGAAGCGUCUAUACGAGAACAAUGUGGUCGGAGACAUGGUUUCGUGGAGGCCAAACCCCGAAUUCUUGACUCAUCUAGCCCAGUAUCCGCUGUUCCGUGGCUUCAUCAUUUCAACGCUUUCCGAGAUGUCAUUACCGAAGUUGGUUGCUACACAAGUAUUACAAGAAACUUGUCAGCUUCCGACAGUAACAGGACAAAGGAAUGACUUUCUUCACCUGAAGAAGUUGACUGAAUACUUGCUGUCAGUGGGCGCUGAGCCGCAUUUCUUCGAGAUCUGCCCUCGGAGCUUCGGAGAGGUGCCAUUUGUUCACAAAAAAAGUGCCUUCCUAAAUCUGUUGGAAAACGCAGUUCAUGUGACAUUCCAUACUAGAGAGUACCAAGAGUCUUUCAUAGCCUGGGCUCUACCACUAAUGCUUGACAUGUCGGCAACUUGUCCUGACUUAGAGGCCAGUAUACUAUCAUGUUUUGACGUCGCCCCACACCAUAACUCUCAGAUUGGAAGAUGGUUUCAUGUCCGUUAUCCUCAAAUAAGGCUCGUGAACCAGUUUUGCAUCAUCUUUGAAGUCAGACUAAGCUUUUUGGUUGCCUAUGUCAUUACCAGACUAAAGCCUUAUACCAAAGAAAUUGCCAAUGCCAUGCGCAUUGACAAAGUACUUACAUGCCUACAAGUCUCCUCACUAAACUUCCUAUAUGUCAUUCGAGGACAUGAGACCGCUCCAACCCCUCAGAUAUGUGAGCGCGUUUCGAAUGGAAGUUCGUGCCAGGAACUCACUGACACUCUAUUCCAAUUGCACGGGGGAAGGCCAGAACUCCUCGCCUCCUACGGUGAGGACCAUCAUAACAGAUACGCGCUUAUAGAAAUAAUAUGGUCUAUGACAAGACUUCUCACUCUAGAGAGAGCCGACCUUGAGAUCUCUAUGCUUUCUCUGACUGAGAAGGAACUCAACUUUUACAGCUUACCUCAACUCUGUAUUAUCUCAUCAUCCUCAUGGUUCGAGGAAGUGAAAGGCAGUGGUUGCUCAGAUAUAUUUCCAAGAACACUCAAGGAGCUGAGAGAGCUUUCAGAAAAGACAUUAGAGGAAGCUCAUGUCUCUGAAUAG